AUGGUUAAAUGGCAAAUGAUCCUUUUUGAAUUCGACAUCGUUUUCACCACACAAAAGGCAAUCAAGGGCCAGGCUAUAGCAGAUCACUUGACUGAAAAUCCAAGGGAAGAUGAUUAUCAACCGCUUCACACUUAUUUUUUGGAUGAGGAGGUCUUGUUUGUUGGUGUAGCAGAGGAUAUGAACGAACGAUGCUCUGAGUGGGGACUAUUCUUUGAUGGGGUUUCAAAUUCUUUCGGAGCCGGUAUUGGAGCUAUGCUGGUAUCGCCUGAAGGAAAGCAUUAUCCCGGUUCCGCUAAACUGCUAUUUUUCUGCACUAACAAUAUGGCGGAGUAUGAGGCUUGUAUUUUUGGACUAAAGAUGGCAUUGAAAAUGGAGAUUAAAGAUUUAAUAGUGUUCAGCGAUUCCGAUUUGCUCGUGCAUCAAAUGCUCAAAGAAUGGAUCACUCGGGAUUCAAAAAUCUUUCCUUAUCAUUGCAGUUUACUAGAUUUAGCAAACAAAUUCAGAAGUUCGGAGUUCAGGCAUAUUCCACAUGCCAGAAAUGUUUUUGCUGAUGCUCUGGCUACUUUAUCUUCAAUGAUUCAACAUCCAGACAGCAAUAUCAAGGAAUUUCUCAAAAUGGUGUCCUAUCCUCCAAGGGUUGAUACGACUGCUAAAAGCUUCUUGCGUAGAUUGUCAUCCAAGUUUUUCUUAAACGGAGAAGUGGUAUACAAACGGACUUUAGAUAUGGGCCUUCUGAGAUGUGUUGAUGAAGAUGAAACAGAGUACUUGAUGAAAGAGGUGCACAGUGGCAUAUGUGGAUCACAUAUGAAUGGUCAUUUAUUGGCAAAGAAGAUCAUGAGGACCGAAUAUCUUUGGCUUACUAUGGAGCAUGAUUGUGUAGUUUUUGUCAGAAAGUGCAUUAAAUGUCAAUUGCAUGGGGAUGUUAUACGCACUCCUCCCAUAGAAUUAAACAAUAUGACUGCUCCUUGGCUAUAUUUAAUGUGGGGUAAGGAUGUAAUUGGAACCAUUGACCCUCCUGCUUCAAACGAGCAUCGGUUUAUUCUGGUGGCAAUUGAAUACUUCACAAAAUGGUUCGAAACUGAGUCUUACAAGCAUGUGACUAAGAAGGUGAUGACCGAUUUUCUGAGGAAACACAUCAUUUGUCAUUUUGGAGUGCCAGAGACAUUAAUCACCGACAAUGCAAAGAAUCUCAACAAUGACAUUGUGGAUGGGUUGUGCGAUCAGUUCAAGAUCAAGCAUCGGAAUUUUACUAUCUAUAGGCCACAGAUGAACGGAGCUGUGGAGGCCGCGAAUAAGAACUUGAAGAAGAUAAUCCGUAAGAUGACCGAAAGACACCGUGAUUGGCACGAGAAGCUUCCCUAUGCAUUAAUGGCAUAUAGAACUGCUAUUGGACUUCUAUUGGGGCAACGCCUUAUAACCUCAUGUACGGAAUGGAAGCGGUUUUGCCAGCCGAGGUCGAAAUUUCUUCUUUGCGCAUCCUAA